AUGGACACUUUCCCCGCAACCCUGGCAGGUCCAACCUCCAAGGAGCGCAAGUAUGAUCGACAACUUCGACUCUGGGCAGCCAGCGGACAGCAAGCAUUAGAAGAGGCCCGCGUCCUACUUGUGAACUCGGAUGGGCCUCUGGGCUCCAGCAGCACUGGCGUCCCAGGUGUCGCGGGUGUUGAAACUCUCAAGAAUCUCGUGCUGCCUGGUAUCGGGGGCUUUACGAUCGUGGACCCAGCGACAGUGACCGAGGCUGAUCUCGGCGUGAACUUCUUCCUGGAGGAAGAAUCACUUGGCAAGCCGCGUGCCGAUGAGACAUGUCGUUUGUUGCGAGAGUUGAAUCCUGACGUGCAAGGAUACUCAUAUUCAACGCCCAUCACGGAACUACUUCACGACCAAAGCUUUCUGCCCCAGCACAAAUUGAUCAUUAUAUCUGGUCCCACGAAGCGCACCUCCUUGGAUCCGCUUUGUAGGAAAGCCCAGGACCUGGGUAUCCCGGUGCUUUAUUUGCACUCGGUUGGGUUCUAUGCCACAUUUUCCUCUCAAUUGGCUGCGGAAUUCCCUAUCGUGGAAACUCAUCCAGACCCAGAAUCAACACAAGAUCUCCGUCUGCUCAAUCCCUGGCCCGAGCUCAUCGAUGUUGCCGCAGCCAUGACGAGUAAUCUGGAUACGAUGGAUGACCACCAGCACGGCCAUGUCCCAUACAUCCUCCUUCUACUGCACUUCCUCGACGAAUGGAAGCAGUCGCAUGAAGGUAAUGCGCCGAGCAACUACAAAGAAAAGACCGAAUUCCGCGAGUUCGUGCGCUCCAAGGCCCGCACCAACAACGCCGAGGGUGGAGAGGAGAACUUCGAUGAAGCAGUAGCCGCCGUGCUCAAAACAAUUUCGCCAUUCAGUCUGCGCAGCACUAUCCGUGAGAUCUUUGAGAUGGAGCAAUGCCAAAACCUCAGCGCAGAGUCUCCCAAUUUCUGGGUCAUUGCAUCUGCAAUCAACACUUUCUAUUCUGCCCACGGCGUCUUGCCGCUACCGGGUACUUUGCCAGAUAUGAAAGCCCAAUCGGCGGAUUAUGUCUCCCUACAGAGUAUCUACAAGAACAAGGCGCGCUCGGAUGUGGAAGAAGUUGUGUCGACGGUGCGACAACUCGAGUCCCAACUGAAUAGACCAACGACAGCUAUUCCUGAAAGCGAGAUCGAGGUGUUCUGCAAGAACGCCGCGCACAUCAAAGUCGUCCGCGGUCGAGACAUCCCGCAAAUCAACAGUGACAGCGAUACGGAAACGCUCAAGUCGAUUCGCAGCCAACUAAGCUUGAGUCAACUUGGUCUGCCAGACUCGCUUGUCUCUAUCUUCAUCGCCACACAGAUCCUCGAUGCUGUCGUCGACGAGAUCCAGAGCACCCCACAAAACACCACACUUUCCGUUGAUGACGAGGGCCUCUGGAAGAGUCAUACUGAGAGGAUCCUGGCUCUCCUGCAAAGAGAUGACAUUACGGCUCUGGACCAGAACGCCAGAGAAUCAAUCGAGAACGCUAUUCAGGAACUGCGUCGGGCAGAAUGUGGUGAAUUGCACAACAUGGCCUCAUUGGCGGGUGGUCUCGUUGCACAGGAAGCGCUGAAGGUGUUGACACGGCAGUAUGUGCCCCUUGAUAAUAUCUGUGUCUUCGACGGGGCGCGCAGCCGGAGUGAGAUGUACAGGCUCUGA